ACGGAAUACAGGAAAACAGGAAUACUUCUGCUAUAUACUGGCGGCUGCCAUGUUUUUAAAUAUUCCCGCUUUUAAAAUUGUAACCUAGGAGGGCGCUACGGUUUCGAAAGAAGUUUUGAACAGCUGUAGCCGGUUACGUGUCGUCAUUAACAAGACAAAAUGCAGCUUCGGACGAGCGCAACAAGCGCCCUUUUGGCCUUGCUAUUGAACAUAUUGUUCAUUCUCUCUCAAGUGCAUGGUCAAGGAAGAGUAGCUCCAGGUGUUCCUCCUCAACACUAUCAGCAAGUUCCUCAGCAACAAUAUCAACCACCUCCUCCACAACAUCAGCAAAUGCAACAGCCACACCAUCAACAACAACAACAGCAGCAGCAGUUUCAGCACCAGCCACAGCAACCACAAUUUCAACAGCAACAAGUGCCUGCACACCAUCAGCAAGUCCCACAUCAACAGCCUGGUGGUCAUCAUCAUGGACACCAUGAGGUGCCUUCACAAGUGUUUAACCCCGGAAACAUUCAACAAGAAAAAGAGCACAUAGCUGAACAUAUGGAAGUGCCAAUGGACACAAGCAAGAUGACAGACCAAGAGCUACAAUUUCAUUAUUUUAAGAUGCAUGAUGCUGAUAAUAACAACAAGUUGGAUGGUUGUGAAUUGAUCAAGUCUUUGAUUCACUGGCAUGAACAGGGCAGCAAGGAUCAGAACAGCCAGAAUAAGGUGGAGGACAAGCUUUUCAAAGAUGAUGAACUAGUGAAUCUCAUCGACCCCAUUCUGAACAUGGACGAUCUGAACAAAGACGGCUACAUUGACUAUCCCGAGUUUGUACGCGCACAGCAGAAGGCCGCCGCCGGGGGUGGCCAGCAAGCCCCGAACCACUAAUUUGGAUGAUAAGGCGACAGAUAAAGCCCAAUAUCAACCAAUACCCGACGCUACCAUCGAAGCUACCGUCGAUCCACUGCUAAAGACUCUGGAUCUCAACAAUGAUGGGCAUAUAGAUUUUCCGGAAUUCAAGUCGGCAACACCAAAUAUCCAAGCUUAAAUUUAUCUCUCUGAAAUUGAUUAUCCAUACAUGUACGUUAAUGGCUGCGGCACUUCCAAUUCAAACGGUUUUCACUUUGUUU